GUUGUCCGAUCCGCCGCUCCGGGUUCACCGUGAAGCCGAUGUAGAUGCGGCCUUUGAAUUUAGGAUUGAUGCAGUAAAGCAUGUACACACCGAAGAAGCUCUCUACCUCAACCACCAUUGUGGAAGAAAAUAAGCAAAAUAUGGCCAUAACAGCAGAUCAAAUCCGGGAUAAACUCAUUAAAGAGCUCGCGGCGGUGCACGUGGAUGUGGAGGAUACUUCACCCAACAGAUGUGCUGCCAGCUUCAAAGUCCUGGUGGUGUCGUCCCAGUUUGAGGGCAAACAACUGUUACAGAGACACAGGAUGGUGAACACCUGCCUGGCCGAGGAGCUGAAAGAGAUCCACGCCUUCGAACAGAAGACCCUCACACCAGAACAGUGGGAGAAACAGAAGUCCCAAUGACACACACACACACACAUAAAGUUCACACACACACACACACACACACUGUAUCACCCAAUCACUUUAUCUACUAUUAAACAGGCCUUACACCUGUGUGAUAUGAAGAAAACUCUCUCUUUUUCUGUGAAUCAGUAACACCGAUUUAAAUCCAACAGAAUUCUCUUCUGGCAAUAAAACACGCUGAUGCUG